AUCUCGCAAUUAAUAUUUUUAGAAGAGAUUAGCUGAUUUAUAUUUCAUUAAAAGACGAUGCUUUUCGUAGGAAUUGGAUGCGUAUCACUUCUGUGGUGUGAUUGUGCUUAUUUUCUCUCUUUUUUAAGUUGAACUUUUUUAACAUUUAUUGUGUUUCUUUGUAUUGGAUUUAUUUUAAAACAGACACAAUGUGCUGCAUUUGCCCACAAUUAUACCUUUUUAUUGCAAUGUUCUUACUUUUAAUUUAAUUUCAUAUAUCCAAUUUCUGUUCGUUAUUCCUUUUCUAGUUUAACGAAAAUACUCCUUCGUUAUGGUUUAUUAACAUUUCGGCAUUUAAAAACAAAAGCAUUUCAUGACAGUAUUUUAACAGUCCUGUUUACCGGAUUUAAAUUGUGAAAGUUACUGUGUGGUUAUUAAGACCAUCAUCUGUAUUUUUUUACAACCCAGUGCUAUUAAGACUCACCAAGUGCCUUGAAUAUUAAAAAAGCGUAUAGAGCUAAGGGUAGGUGUUCAUAUCCAUUGAAUAUAUCAUUUUUUUUUAAAUAAUCAAAUUUAGAAUAAUCAAUUUUAGAAAAUUUAAUUUAAAACAAGAUGGACUGCAUUAUUUGCUUAGAUGUGUACAAGAAACCAAAGCAACUAAAAUGUGGACAUUCUUUUUGUCAAAACUGUUUAGAUGCUAUUUUGGUACGCAAAGAAGAUAAAACUGCUGAAAUAAAUUGUCCAUUGAGAUGCACCAAAAAAACAUUAAUUGAUCAAGGUGAAACAGCAUCGUCUUUAGCAAGUAAUUUUGCUCUAAUUUAUGCUGUGGAUCAGAUGAUGGCAAAGAAAGGACCUUGCAAUAGAGAAUCGAAAGAAAAUUUCGCGGUAAAAUGCAAUGGUGGCAAUGCCCAAAAUCUUCAAAAGACCACAAAAGAAUUAUCUGAUGAAGAACUUUUGCCAAUGUUUGUUUAUCAACGCUCUUUAAACAGAGAGACCUCUUCAAGGUUGUUGGAAGGGAAAGAAGCUGGUACAUUUCUGAUACGUUUUGGACGUAGUGGGGAAGAUGUUAUAAGCUUUGUAGAAUGUACAGGUGCAAUUAGACAUUGUAAAAUUGUGGAAGAGUAUGAAAAUGGAUUAUACUACAUAUGCCCUGGAGAACCCAAAUUUCAAUGUAUCAUUGAUCUUGUCCGACAUUACCAUGAAAAAAAUUUACUUAGAAAGCCGUUUAGAUUUAAAGAGUGUGAGUGGCGUAAAAAAAAAUCGACAAAUUAAUUUAAUCAGAUGGAGCUGUAGAGACAAAAGAGAAACACAAAUUGAAUGUUGAUGUAGGUUAUCUCAAUCGCGAUUAGCUAAAAUAGAAGGCAUAUAUAUAUAUAAAGUACAGUCAACUUUCCAAUUAGCCUAUUUUAACCUCAUGAAUAAAAAAGUAGUUGGACAUAUGCCACUUAACUUCGCAAGGCAGUUUGUAAUUCUUACAACUCCCCAAAUCCACAGCACGCUGCAGUGUUACUGGAAAGCGUGUAAACAGAGGGGCAGGAUAUGGACUGAAAAUUUUUGUACAUACACGCUCCGAGGACCACAGAAGGCAAUCGAGUGGGUGAAGAGGGCCAUAGGGUGAGAACUCAAAUUAAAAAAUGAUAUAAAAAGAAGUGUUUAAAAUGACGUAAAUUCUCUUUGCUUUUUUUUCGUUGUUUUCCUUUGUUUGUUUUUUACCCUAUCCGCUAAUUAGAAAGAGACUCUAGGGGGAAGUUCACUUCCUGAAAAUAAAAUUGUACGCUAAUUAGAUUGUCUGCUUAUUGACAGUCCACUAUUUGGAAAGUUUCGUGUGAAGUUUUGACCGUGGUUUUACCCAUGCAAAGAAAUUUGUCCGUCAAUUGGAGGUGUCCGCUAAUUGGAGUGAUCGCUAAUCGGAGAGUUGACUGUAUCUCAUAUCUUACAUGUAAAAUAUGAUCACGUAUAAUUAUUAGGAAUCUGGGUAGCAGAAGAUAAAACAUACGUUUUAAUUAUUGCAAGUUAUUUAUGUAAGAAAUUUGAAGUCUUGGGACAUUCGUGUUACUUCUAAGAAUAUUCUUAAUAUACUCUUCCAAAAUAAAAUGUCUGUCAAUAUGUCAAUUAGUGAAAAAGAUGAUGUAAUUUCUUCCAAACCUUGUGUCUUCCUCUGGCUUGUUCAUGCUCGCUACAUCACAGUACCAAUCAUUCACAACAAUGAAGAGAGUAGUCUGCGUUUUGAGAAAAAGAUAACUUGUUUUAAA